AUGCCGUAUGAGAAAACAUCGAAGCGACACAAAGACAUUACACAUGCAAUCACACACUUCAUUGCAAAAGGCAUGCUGCCAAUACGCACAGUCGAAACGGCAGAAUUCAAACAGCUAAUGAAUGUGAUCGACCCUCGUUAUCAGCUCCCAGGACGCAAGCACUUUUCGCAGACAGCGAUCCCAAACAUGUACACGGAGUGCAGAGGGAUGGUUGAGAGGGACCUGCAAGCCGUGUCAUACUUUGCCACCACAUCGGACAUGUGGUCAAGUCGAACGUCAGAACCAUAUAUGAGCCUCACUGCUCACUACAUUGAGCAAGACUGGACUUUAAAGAGCAAAUGCCUCCAAACGGCAUACUUUCCCGAGGACCAUACUGGUGAAGCAAUUGCAUCAGGACUGACAGAAUCGCUUGCUUCAUGGGGGCUAAGUGAAAGCAAACAAGUUUGCAUUACCACAGAUAGUGGAGCAAAUAUAGUGAAAGCUACCUCCCUCAACAACUGGACUCGCCUGCAGCGUUUUGGGCAUCGACUUCACUCAGCUGUUGAGAGAGCCGGAAAGAACAAGAAAGUGGAGCGUGCUGUGGGUGUGUGUAAGAAAGCAGUGGCUGCCUUCAGCUUCUCUUGGAAGAAGAAGAGAGACCUGGCUGCUGCUCAGGAAGAGCUUCACCUACCCCAGCACAAGUUAGUGACUGAGUCACCCACCAGGUGGGGCUCACGUCAGAAGAUGGUUGAAAGAAUGCUGGAGCAGCAGAAAGCCGUCGCUCAGGUCUUAGGUGCAGACAAAAAGACAAGACAACUGGUUCCUGCAUGGCAAGACAUAGAGGUCCUGGAAUCUGUGCAUGGGGCCCUGAAUGCACUACUGGAAUUCACUGAUUCACUCUCCAGUGAAAAUUAUGUGAGUGUGUCAUACCUCAAGCCGAUGCUGCAACUUUUCAGAACACAGAUUCUGAAGCCAGCCGACGAUGAAACACAGCUCACCAAAGAAUUGAAGAUGACAGUCAUGUCAUACCUGGAUGAAAAGUAUACUGAUCCAAUUACUGAGGAACUGCUUGAUAUUGCAACGUUGGUUGAUCCGCGUUUCAAGGUGCAAUACAUCAACCCGGAAAACAUUGAUGCCAUCAAAAUGAGAGCUGUGUCUGAGAUGCUGGAGGACCUGUCCACUUCAGUCAGAACAGAGGAAGCAGCACCAGAGCAAGCAGAGGCAGGAGAGGCUGCAGUGCCUCCCCCCCUGAAGAAACAAAAAAAGUCAUUGGGCAGCUUCUUUAAGAAAUCGCACUCCAGCCCAGGACUCAAUGACAGAGAGUUAGUUGAGAGGGAACUUGAAAACUACCUGAUGGCAGCAGAUGCAGACAGCGAAACAGACCCACUGCAGUGGUGGAAGAUCAAUGAAAGAAACUUCCCAAGACUUAGCUGCCUUGCAAAGCGCUAUUUAUGCAUCCCUGCAACCAGCACACCCUCUGAGAGGGUAUUUAGCACAGGGGGUAACAUUGUGACCUGCCACAGGGCAGCUUUAAAACCUGAGACAGUGGAUAGACUUGUCUUCCUCGCUCGUAACCUGUAA